AUGUUUGCAGAGCAGAUAGCCAAGUUUGGCAUUGCGCCAAGAACGAUUCACCGAAACCUCCCGGUAGGCGCCUUGGUAGAUAUGGCGGUGUCCCAAAGUGAGGGCGCGGUGACAUCCACAGGGGCGCUGUCUGUUCGAACCGGCAAGUACACCGGCCGCUCCCCAGACGACAGAUAUAUCGUGUAUGAUGAUCUGACGCAGGACACGGUAGACUGGGGGAAGAUCAACCAUCCCUUCCCAGAGGACAAGUUUGACAGGCUGCUUGCGAAGAUGAAGGGAUUCGUCACCGGCAAGAACCUCUUUGCGUUUGACGGAUUUGUGGGGGCGGAUCCCGGGAACCGGCUGGCCAUCAGGGUGAUCAAUGAUCGCGCAUGGCAGAGCCUCUUUGCCAGGCAGCUCUUUGUGGGGCCCUCUGCCGGGGAGCUCCGGUCACACAAGCCUGACUUUACCAUUAUGUGCAUCAACGACUUUGAGUCCAUACCAAAGGAAGACGGAACAAACUCCGACGUCUUCAUAAUCCUCAAUCUCUCCCGGGGGAUAGUUCUAAUCGGGGGCACCAGCUAUGCAGGCGAGAUGAAAAAGUCCAUGUUCAGCACAAUGAACUUUGUCCUGCCGUCAAGGGGCGUGUUCCCUAUGCACUGCUCUGCCAAUAUGGGUCGGGGCGGCGAUACGGCGCUCUUCUUUGGGCUGUCAGGCACCGGCAAGACAACACUGUCCACGGAUCCAGACAGAAUGCUGAUCGGAGAUGACGAGCACGGCUGGUCUGAUCGUGGCAUCUUCAACUUUGAGGGCGGCUGCUACGCAAAGUGCAUCCACCUGAGCCGGGAGGCGGAGCCGGAGAUCUGGAACGCCAUCAGAUCCGGCGCGGUUCUGGAGAAUGUUGUGAUCGACAGCAGGACACUGCGGCCAGACUUUGAUGACGGCAAGCUUACGGAGAACACCCGCGUGGCAUACCCCCUGGAUCACAUCCCGGGAGCCGUGACUCCCAGCAUCGGGGGAAACCCCAAGACGAUCAUAUUCCUUACGGCAGACGCCAUGGGCGUGUUGCCUCCGGUAUCUCGGCUGACAGAGAUGGGCGCCAUGUACCACUUUAUGUCCGGGUACACCAGCAAGCUUGCAGGCACCGAGCGCGGAAUCAAGGAGCCCAAGGCGACCUUCUCUGAGUGCUUUGGGGCGCCGUUCAUGCCAAGACAUGCUGCCGUAUACGCAGGAAUGCUUGGUGAGAGGAUCAAAAGGUACGGCGCAAAGACAUACUUCAUAAACACGGGAUGGUCCGGCGGCCCCUACGGUGCGGGAUCCAGAAUCAAGAUAAGGCACAGCCGUGCAAUGGUUACCGCCGCGCUGUCAGGCGCACUGGAUGCGGUUCCCUACAGGCAUGACGAUCUCUUCAACAUCGACGUUCCCAUCGAGUGUCCUGGCGUGCCCGCAGACGUCCUGAACCCUAGGAUGACCUGGCCCGACAGGGACUCGUACGACCAGGCAGCAGAAAGGCUGGCGCAGAUGUUUGUGCGCAACUUUACCAAGUUCGGCGGCGUGUCGCCGCAGGUGCUGGCCAGCGGUCCGAGACCGUCCCAGGACGUGUAG